AUGGUCCAUGAAGUAUUAAGACAGAAUCCAAAUGAAGAUACUGAAUGGAAUGACAUACUGAGAGAUUUUGGAAUUCUUCCUCUGAAAGAAAAAAAAGAUGAAAUUUAAAUCGUUUUACACUUUCAGAAAGAAGCAGAAGUGAAACAGUAUGAAAGAAUGAAUGUUGAAGAAUUAAAGGAAGCUGAAGAUGACUUUGAUGAGGCUGAUAGGAAAGCUAUUGAAAUGUACAGGCAGCAACGCUUGCAAGAAUGGAAAUGUCUUCAAAGGAGACAGAAGUAUGGCGAGCCAAGAGAAAUUCGUGGAGAGCAGUAUGUAAAGGAAGUUACAAACACUCCACAGAAUGUUUAGGUUAUAAUUCAUCUUUAUCAGUCAAACAUCCCAGGGUGUUUACUGCUUAACAACCAUCUCAGCCUGCUAGCCAGAAAGUUUCCAGAAGUCCGGUUUCUCAAAGCCAUUGUAAACAGCUGCAUUCAGUAUUACCAUGACAGAUGUUUACUCACCAUACUUGUAUAUAAAACUGGUGAAAUAAAAGGCAGGUUCGUUGGAGUAGCUGAAUGUGGGAGAAUAUCUCUUAAAGUGGAAGAGCUUGAAUGAAAACAAGCAGAAGUUGGAGCAAUAGAAACCGACUUAAAAGAAAACCCCAAAAAGGACAUUACACUGUCAGUACAAAAUAUUUCUGCUCGUGAAGACACUAAUACAAAAAGCAGGGAUGUAAUGAAACCACGUAUUGCUUGAGAAAAUUUUAAUGCAGAUCAUCUGUUCUGACAUAAAUUAGCUCAAAUAGUUUUUCACUCUUUUGUUAACUCUGAAACAAUUAUAAGAAAAAAAAGCCAUUUUUCUUCCAUGUGUAUAGUUUUUGGGUUUGGUUUGUAGAAGAAAAUAGAUGUAGUAAAUGAAAGCCAUACUUACCUUUAGAUACUUGUAGAUGGCUGUCACUGACACUGAGAGCAUGGAUUCUGCAUUUCAUACAAACGCUACUUAAAUGGAAUGGGAGGGGGCAGGUUUUAGCUGGUGGUCUCUAAUCCAUACUUUCUUCCUCCUUUUAGCCAGCAUGAGUGAAGACACUUUUAAUUAUUAGUGAAAUGACUGUAGUGGAACUCUGGGCUAAGUACCGUCUCAGUUCCCCCCACUGAAAAGCUGACUGAAAGACAAUGAUGUUUAUAGUAAUAUAAAAUCAGGAUUUGGCCCUGAAUCCAUUGACUAACAUUUCUGUUUGUUUGACAGGUGCUCAAGAAUUUUAUCCAGUGUCAAGGAUAAUCUUCCCACUAUUUUAGAAUACUGACAGUUGGAUCCGUUAUUCUUUCCUAAGAAAAAUAAGUAUAUCCUUAACAAAAUAGUUUACACUACAUUUGUAGCAAAACUACAUGAGUGAAUGACGAGACCAUGCUCCUGAUUCAGCAUUUUUAUUUGAGUAGUGAAUCAAAUUGUAUAGUAUUAAUGUUAUCUUUCCAGUGACUCAUCAUAAAACCCCCCAAUCUCACUGUGCUAAUAAAGAUUUAGUUAUAUACAACUGACAUAGUUCAUAGCAUCAGGUUGCAGAAGGAAAAAUUAAACAGAAACAGUUCACUUAACAAAUAAAUACCUAAGAACAAGAAAAUUAACAUUAGCCAUUUUUUUUUCACCCAGUAGGAUACAGCUGUUCUAUUAGUAGAUACCCAGUGGCAGACACCACUUCUAGAAACUUAUUUUGCAGAUUCAGAGGGAUGACUAGUAGAUGCAUUUCAGAGAUAAUGGCUUAUCUGCCAUUAUCUGCCACUUCAAACUAGAAAGCUAACUAGUAGUUUUAAAUGUAAAUAGGUCAUCAGUGAUUUUAGGUAUGAUUCUACAGUCACUUUGGGUAACUAUCAGUGGUGGCUGCUGUAAGAGUACUACCACCUGUUUCCUCUGAGCAGUGAACGUCUCUCCUGCUACUGUGGCUGCCAUGAAGUACACGAGCAGAAUACGCAACUGUACAAGUGCUAGUGUCACACUGGAAGUAAGAGGCAUAUGCCACUAGAUGUGACAGGAAAGGGCCAAACCUCCCCUCUGGUGACCUUUAUUUCAUCCAAGUGAAGCGACCAUGUGAUCAUGAUUACAGCUAUCAUGGGAUAAAGCACAAGUAGAAAUCCAAGGGAAGCUGCAGGUUAAAAGCAGAUGGUUCUUGGUCAGUUACACUGUUUGUAAGAAAAGCAUCUAAGCAUGAAUGUUAGCCUUGCUUUACAAGGACUGUGUAGAUUGUGACAGGGUUUCAAGACAGCAUCUUUGUUAAAUCCACUGAUUUUUAGUAUUCUGGAAUGAUGUGAAAUCUAGUUUCAAAAUCAGCUUCGUCAAACAGAUCCUCUUUGGAAUAAGCCAGUGAGGACCAAAAAGGAACAUUCUGAGCAGGUUAUUAUUCUAUGGCUCUGAAGUGUAUUAUGCACAAGAGGGCAAUGGCAGUUCUGUAGGAAACAUGGCUACAGUUAAUGGAAGUGCAAAUGAAAUUUCUGCAUUUCUGGCCCAGUCUAGUUCCAUCAUUUAAUAAUUCACAGAAGAUUUGCUGCUCAUAAUUUGAUAGUGUCUGAAAAAUAUGUUGGCUCUUGUAUAACCUUUGUGAGUGAAGCAGAACUCAUUACAGACCAGAGCAAACUCACAUUGACAAUAAGAGCCAGAAAAACAGUAUUUCUAGGUGGAAAAUAGUUUUGUAAAACCACCACACUGUUUCAAGCUUCCAUUCCUGUUCCUUCAGGAGCCUUUAAAACACUUUCAGAAGAGAAGCAGCAUUUAAAAAAUGACCUUGGUAAAGCCAUAACAUCGGCAGAAAAUGCAAAUGUGUGUCAUCUCCACAGCUGCUUUGAUCUUGUCAAAUCCCAGAAUGUAGGAUGUGCAAGCCACAGAGUAAUUGUUACUGCCACGCUGCAGUAGGUAGGUGUUAACGCUCCCAUACAAACAAGGUGUGAAGAGAGGCAGUACAGUAGCUCUACUUUGUUUUUCUGAAGAACUACUACUCCUUACUAAAGAUCCUGUGGCAAGUUUGAUACAUACAGCUUGAUGCUAUUUUUAGCCUCCUAGUUUCUUGGCCAUAUUCUAAUUCUGGUAAUUGUGCAUUUUUGUUGAAAAUAUUCCUACAUUUUCUCCUGGAUUUUCCAUUCCUGAUGUAUCCUAUUACUUUUACUACAUUUUAUCAUAGAAGCAUUAUCUUUUCCAUAAGUAAUUAAAUGUUUAGUUUUGUUUAUAUCACAUUUUGCUCAACUGAAAGCUAGAAACAGAGUAUUAUGAAUCAAUAAGUAACAAAAAUAAGUGGGUUUACUAAUGCUUUUCAGAAUGCUUCCAGUGGAAAAACUGAGCUCGUAGUUAACUCUUUAGCAGCAGUUCCUGUCCCUACAAUAACUUUGCAUAAGACUUUGGUCACAAGGUGAAUCAAAUGGGGAAACUGAUGUACCUGAAAAGUAAUCCCAAAAGAUCCAUGAGAUUUUGCAACCAAGUUAAGUUCCUUACUUCAUUCCAGACACAAACACUAAUUAAGCUUCUAUAGAUACAAAUUUGUAAUUACAUUUUUUGAUAUAUUGCUAUUUAGAAGAAUAACAGAAAAAUAAACAUCCUUGUUACCGAGAAAGAAAACUGGCAAUAUUUACAUACUGUUACCACUGAGCAAUGUUUUAUUUUACAGAAAACAGUUUGCUGCUAUGUUCUGCUGCACGCAGAAGAGGUUUAUGCUGACGUAAUCACUGAACGUUUACGCAUAUGCCACUCCUGCAGUAGGCAGUAUGGCUGGAAUCCGUUACAGUUGUAUGUAAAGACUGCAGCAUCAGUUAGUCAUCUCCCUAACUCCGAGAUCGGAUUGAUCUGUUUGUAUUUAUUAGCUUGGCUGUUUCACAACUUUCUCAGCAAAAUCAGUAAUACAGGCACAUCUUACAGUUUUUAUAAGCUUUAUCAAUGCACAAAUGAAAGAACGCUAAGUUUUAUUAUCAGAGAUGGUCCUGCAAACUCCUACUGCAGCUGUUUUCCUGUCCUGAAAUGAUACAUUUUCUGAACAAAUCUACACCUCAUCACAGUGUAGUCUGCCUGCCUAACAAAGAUACUUCAAUCUCAUACAGGGCUCUUCAGUUUAUCAGGUUCACAAUUAUUCUUUUACCUUGCAGCCAUGCAAAAAAACCCCAGACCAACAAACUGUAAGGAUUAUAAAAUGAGAAGAAUGGACUUAAAUUGCUGCUUUUCAGUCAGAAAGGAAGAAACUUACCUGUGGUGAGCCUUCCUUCAGUUCGGUGGUCCAGAAAUCUCCCAGACCCCAACAGCCAGCGUUAGU